CCAAAUCCUUCAGACCUUCACGUUUCUUUUAUCGCGUCGGUACUUGGCUCGAAGCUAAAACCCUAGCGAGCAGGAAAGGAGAUGUCCCGGCCCUUGCCGCCGCCUUCUGCGGCCGUUGGUGCACCAUCGUCGGAGUUGGAGCGGGGGAAGCUGUUCGUAGGCGGCCUGUCGUCGGACACGAGGGAGGAGGCGCUGGCGGACUAUUUCGUGAGGUACGGUGAGGUGGAGGAGGCUGUGGUGAUUAAGGACCGAGUCACCGGGAAUGCGAGAGGCUUCGGUUUCGUAAAGUUCGCUGACCCACAGACCGCCGAGACCGCGCUCAAGGAGGACAAGAAGCAUGUCAUUCGAGGAAGAAAGGUUACAGUGAGAGGAGCUGUUCUUCGAGUUCAUCCACAUCAGAACCGUGAGUUCGUGAAUCCUGACCGGAAUGGGCAAUCAAUGAGAUCAUUCGACGACAAUGGUGAUAGAAUGCUCCACAAUAUCUACAGCGCGAAUUCGAAAAAGAUUUUCAUUGGAGGUUUGCCAGACAACGUGGAUCAGCAGGACCUCAAGAGCUAUUUUGAGAAGUUUGGUUCUGUUGUUGACGCAGUUGUAAUGUUCGAUGGUAUGACGCGACGAUCAAGAGGCUUUGGUUUCAUCACAUUUUCGUCCGAGGAGCCAGUGGCAACAGUGUUACGAAACAGCCACCAUGAGUUGAAUGGCAAACUUGUGGAGGUUAAGAUUGCCAUCCCCAAGGAUGACAGAAAAUAUGCUGAUAACAGGUAUGAUUAUGAUUAUCAUAAUGUGAGAGAGGAUCAAAGAGGUGGAAGAGGACCCUUUUAUGCUCCCUAUCCAGGCUAUCUUUACCCCAACUAUGGAUAUUAUGGACAUGUUAACUAUGUGACACAACCUUUUCCUCCUUAUGCAUAUGGAGGACUAGUUGGAGUAUAUAAUUCCACUGGUCUACAUGGGUUUCAAUAUGGUGGCCUGAUAAGUAUUCCGGCGAAUCCUUGGAGCAAUUCAAAGAGAAUUUCUGAGCAUGUUAUGCAUCCCAACGUUGUUAAGAGGAGCAGCGGAGAUAGCAUGUCAGUUACUGAUCAUGGCCAUGGGUUAAAUGGCAACAAUGAGAACUAAAGCAGUGCUGACGCUGAAAGCCAAAUUGGAGGCAUGGCACAGUUAGAUUUAGAAGAUGUAGAAUGUGGCGCACUGUGAAUUUGGAUUUGUAGAUUUAACCUUGUAAUUUGCUAGGUAAUUUUUUAUUGGAAUUUGUCCUUUAAUUUUGUUAUUUGCAGUAGCUGUCCUUUAACAUUAGAAUCCAACAAUAUACUCUGUGGUGACAACUCAUCUGUGAACCUGUGCUGUUCUUAAUUGUAAUCAUAAUUACUCAGUGACGAAAAAUAUAUGAUUUGUUUCCUGUUAAA